AUGUCGGGUUCGAGUCCUGCUGGGGCUUCACACCCAUUGCGUUAUGCAGUACACACUUACGGUUGGGUUGAUCACCUCUUUCGUGUUCGCGCGCGUGCCUCGGUACCAACCGAUCGGCAGGGCAACCAUGUGAACAUAAAUGGCGCCAUCGAAGGCGGCCCCGAAUCGGGCGCGCCUGUCCAGGCUUGGCUGGCGGCGGCACGCGUGCCUUUGCUGAAAGGCAGCUCGACAGCCAGACACACGACGGGCAGGCGGCCAGAUCUGCGCACAGACGGACAAGCGGCCCGGCCCAGCCAAGCCGGUGCGACAGCUGGCGAC